GUGCCAGCAAACUUGCCAUACAUGAUGGCCGAGCUGGUCAUUGCCUUCCUCUCUACGGUGGGUAACCUCUUGGUGUGUGCGGCAGUUGGGCUGAACAGGAAGCUUCACACAGUCACCAACUACUUCCUGGUGUCGCUGGCCGUCGCGGACGUUUGCGUGGGUGCGUUGGCCAUUCCUUGUGCCAUCCUGACGGACAUUGGCAUCCCACGCAACAACUUGUACCUGUGCCUGCUCAUGCUGUCUGUGCUCAUCAUGCUGACACAAAGUUCCAUCUUCAGCUUGCUGGCUGUAGCCGUUGAGCGCUACGUGGCCAUCUUCAUGCCUCUCCGCUACCAAAGCCUGAUGACGCCACGCAACGCACUCCUGGUCAUCCUGGUCACCUGGGUUCUAGCCUUCCUCAUGGGCCUGGUGCCCCUAAUGGGCUGGCACAAAACCCCACCAGCGUCCGGUUACUGCUUCUUCGUGCUGGUGGUGGACAUGACUUACAUGGUGUACUUCAACUUCUUCGCCUGCGUGCUGACACCCUUAGUGAUCAUGUUCCUCAUCUAUGCUCAAAUUUUCGUCACAGUCAAGCGGCAGGUCAGGAGGAUCGCAGCAGAACGAGGUGGGGUGGCCGGUGGGGCUGACGGGGCAGCCAAGAUCAAGAAGGAGAUGAAGACAGCCACCUCGCUCUUCCUCGUCCUCUUCCUCUUCACCAUCUGCUGGAUCCCACUGCAUAUAAUCAACUGCUUCCUGCUGCUGUGCCCGGCCUGUCCCGUGCCCCUGCCACUCCUGCUCACUGCCAUCAUCCUCUCCCAUGCUAACUCUGCAGUCAACCCUUUCCUCUAUGCCUACAAGAUGAAAAGCUUCAGAGAAGCCUUCAAGGGAAUCUUCUUGUGUUGCAGAAGUGUGGGCGAGGGAGAAGAUGAUGGAGGAGGAACAACUGCGCAGCGAUGA